GGCGAGGAUUGAUCCGUGGUAUCCGAGCAUGCUGCGCGUUCCGGAGCUACGUGUGUAUCCACCGGCGGGGGAGGAUUCGGAUACGAGCGCUGGAUCAGCACGGCGGCCGAUAAGCAAGCGAUCGACACCGGGAACCAGCCGCCGGACGACGCUCGGUAGCGUGGAGCUGUUACCACCACCACCACCCACCAAGAGCCACAAUGCGUCGCAGAAUGCGUCGCACUCGUCGAGCCGCCGACCAUCGGUUGCGGGCGGGGGCCGGCGCCGUUCCGUUGUCCUCGACUUCAUCCGCAAACACAGCAGCCGCCUGUCGCUGAACCGGCGCUUCUCGGAGCUGUUCGCCGGCGAUGAGCUGGGCCGUUUGGACAGCAAGCAGCUGCUCCGGAAUCACCAGCAAGCACAAGCGCAGCUGGUCACGGCACUGUCCGCACUGUACGCGAAACUGCUGAUCAUCCUCGGGAUAACGUUGCCGGUGACGGAGCUGGUCGCGCACCGGGCGCCCAUCAACUUCCACCAACCCUUCUACCUCUACCUGUACGCAGUCAGCAUUGUACUGUGUGCGCUGCUGCACCUGGACCGGUACCGCCACCCAACCGUACCGCCCAGCAUAGCAGCCGUCCACCGUCCAGGAAGCAAGGGAGGAUCGGCUUCGCACAGUGCCUCGUUCUACCUGCGCAUCGGUGCCAUCGCCUUCGGCGUCGGUAGCCUCGUCUACUCGGCCCUCGACUUUGGCCAGUACUUCGAGCGGAGCCAUGACGAGGGUUGUGGUGGUGGCGUGCUGGUUGCCCUCAUCCCGGCCACCCGCAUGCUGCUGUGCGUCAUCCAAAUGCAGUUCAUCAUCACGAGCGGCAAGGAGCUGGGACUGGAGCGGCACCCGUUCACCGCCCGGUUCGCCCUGAUGCAUCUGCUCGCCACCAACGUCUGCGAGUGGCUGUUCGUGCUGGUGGAGGAGGCGAAACACGAGAUCGAACUGCUGGAACGGUACCCGCUGCCGCAAGCACCCACCAGUACCAACACAACCAUGACCGUCGGCAUCGGUAGCAACAAUGGCACCAGUACGCUGAGCACAGAUUGCCGGCCCCGGGGCCACAUCAUGAGCAACGUCGUCCACAAUACCGCACCCUUCCUCUUUCCCUGCACCAUCGAGUACUCGCUGAUCUGUGCGCUGACGAUGUACUCGCUGUGGCGAGGGCUGGUGAGACGCGGCACGCAGGGAGCCGUGCAGACGGAGCAGGGUGUGGCGGGCCGGGCCGCGAACCGGCUCUCGAUCGAUUGCUCGCGGGCCCAGACCGGCCUACUGGCCGGUAUCGUCACGCUCGUCGUCACCCUGCUCGUGCUGAUCAUGCACUUCGUGCUGCGGAAGCAAACGCACCGGGAGCUCCAGGAGCUGGCAAUGCUGGAGGUGGUCGUGUACGAGCUCGUCCUCUACUCCGUUACGCUCGCUGCGGUCGGCCGGGCGAUGCUGAGCAUGCGCGAUUUGCGCGUGCUGACGCAGCGGCAUGGGCCGGCCCGGGUACAACCGCCGCUUCCGCUCGAUUGCCACCUGCUGCUGAUCACGCAGACCGGUAUCUACAUCUACGGUGUGUUUUCGAUCAUCGGCACCUACCACACGUACGGGCGGGCCCUGCACUGGGCCGUACUGUCGGAGGUGCUCGCCCUUGCCCAGACCUCCCUCCAGACGCUGUUCGUGCUGAGCACCUGGUGGCGCCGGUGCAAGGGAGCACGCCAAAACCGAGCGAAACCGGGCCGCCAGAUCGUUACGUUCCUGCUGGUCGCGAACCUGGCCGCCUGGCUGGUCAAUGCGCUCGUCAAGAGCCACGCCAGCUUCCGGCCCCAGGUGAUGCAGUUCUACGGUGCCGGUGCGUGGGCCAUCAUCGCCCACGUCUCGAUGCCGCUCGCCAUCUUCUACCGCUUCCACUCGACCAUCUGUCUGUUCGAGAUCUGGAAGAACACGUACAAGGCCCGCUACCAGACGGACGCUAGCGGUGGUUUCUCGGCCGCGGCCACGCGCCGACCAUCCGCCAUUCCCCGCUGAACCCGGAU